AGGCGAGGAAUAGCCCGCGAAAAAAAAGCCCGCGAAAGCAGCCAUUAGCGAGUGUGAGAGCAGCGAGCGGACACAGCCCAGCAUCGACACCAUGCCCCGAGACUACCUGGCCGAGAAAGAAAAAUGCAAGACAUUCCUGCAAGAAUUUUAUAAGGAUGAUGAGUUUGGGAAGAAACACUUCAAGUAUGGAACUCAGCUGACAAAUAUUGCUCACAGAGAACAGGUUUCUCUAUAUAUUGAUCUGGAUGACCUGGCUGAAGAAGACCCUGAAUUGGUGGAUUCUAUCUGUGAGAACACGAGGAGAUACACCAAUCUCUUUGCUGAUGCUGUCCAUGAGCUAUUACCUCAAUAUAAAGAAAAAGAGGUGAUUAACAAAGAUGCCUUGGAUGUGUAUAUUGAGCAUCGGCUGAUGGUUGAACAGCGAGGUAGAGACCCAAAUGAGAUCCGGGAUGCUCAGAACCAGUAUCCACCAGAACUAAUGCGCAGAUUUGAGCUGUACUUUAAGGCACCAUCGAGUGCCAAGGCCCGUGUGGUUCGAGAUGUGAAGGCAGAUUCCAUUGGCAAGCUUGUUACAGUCAGAGGUAUUGUAACCAGAGUAACAGAGGUCAAACCAAUGAUGGUUGUGGCAACAUACACAUGUGACCAGUGUGGAGCAGAGACUUACCAGCCUAUACAAUCACCUACCUUUAUGCCAAUAAUAAUGUGUCCCAGCAAAGAGUGCCAAACAAACCGGUCUGGUGGAAGGCUGUAUCUGCAGACGCGUGGGUCCAAGUUCAUAAAGUUCCAAGAGGUCAAGAUUCAGGAGCAUAGUGACCAAGUUCCAGUCGGAAAUAUUCCUCGCUGCAUGUCUGUGUUUGUAAAAGGGGAGAACACUCGCCUGACGCAACCCGGUGACCAUGUUAGCAUUACUGGUGUGUUCCUACCAAUGCUGAAGACUGGAUUUAGGCAGGUGGUACAGGGGUUGCUUUCUGAAACCUACAUGGAGGCACAUUGCCUGGUAAGGAUGAAUAAGACUGAGGAUGAUGAGCUGGGAACUGAGGAGCUGAGUGAGGAAGAGCUUAGGCAGAUCACAGAGGAAGAUUUCUAUGAAAAACUUGCAGCUUCCAUUGCUCCGGAAAUCUAUGGGCAUGAGGAUGUAAAGAAGGCACUUCUGCUCCUCCUUGUGGGUGGUGUUGACCACUCUCCACGUGGCAUGAAGAUUAGAGGAAACAUUAACAUUUGCCUGAUGGGAGACCCAGGAGUAGCAAAAUCCCAACUUUUGUCAUACAUUGAUCGUCUGGCACCACGCAGUCAGUACACAACUGGUCGUGGGUCCUCUGGUGUUGGUCUCACAGCUGCAGUAAUGAAGGAUCAAGUGACUGGGGAAAUGACCCUGGAAGGUGGUGCUCUGGUUUUGGCAGACCAGGGUGUGUGCUGCAUUGAUGAAUUUGACAAAAUGAUGGACAGUGACAGAACAGCUAUUCAUGAGGUUAUGGAACAGCAGACAAUUUCCAUUGCCAAAGCUGGGAUAAUGACCUCUCUAAAUGCCCGAUGCUCCAUCCUUGCUGCCGCUAAUCCAGCAUAUGGAAGAUACAACCCAAAGAAAACUAUAGAACAAAACAUCCAGUUACCUGCUGCCUUGCUCUCUCGAUUUGACCUACUGUGGCUUAUUCAAGAUAAACCAGACCGAGACAAUGAUCUCAGGCUUGCACAACACAUUACCUAUGUCCAUCAGCACAGCAAGCAACCACCUUCCCAGUUCCAGCCUUUGGACAUGAAACUAAUGAGGCGCUACAUCACAAUGUGCAAGAGUAAACAGCCUGCAAUCCCUGAAACCCUGGCUGACUACCUAACUGCUGCAUAUGUAGAGAUGAGGAAAGAGGCACGGACCAACAAGGAUACUACAUUCACCUCCGCUCGAACCUUGCUCGCUGUCCUUAGACUGUCCACUGCUCUGGCACGAUUGCGUAUGGAGGAUGUCGUAGAGAAGGAGGAUGUGAAUGAGGCUAUGAGGCUCAUGGAAAUGUCCAAAGACUCCCUACUAGGAGACAAAGGGCAGACCACCAGGACACAGCGACCCGCUGAUGUAAUUUUUGCCACAAUACGUGAAAUGGUCCCAGAAAAAGGGCCACGAAGUAUCAAGUUUUCAGAAGCAGAGCAGCGUUGUGUGUCUAAAGGCUUUACACCAGCCCAGUUUGAAGCGGCUUUGGAAGAAUAUGAGGAGCUGAAUAUUUGGCUGAUUAACCAGGCCCGUACGAAGAUCACCUUUGUGUAAUGUUAUCUGCAAUGGCCUUCUCAUGGUUCUCAUUCUUCUGGAGCUGAAAUGCUGUAGAAAACUCUGCCUAGUAAUUAAAUUUUUUUUUCCUUGAAGCCACAUCCUGCAAAUACCUCGCCCCAAAAAAUUUUUUGUGGGGUUUAUGCAAGUCUUUUACUCGCAUUUCACGCUGUAAUGCUGAAAAUCCUCUUGUAUCAGAUGUGGACUUGUAAACAUCAGUGGUGUCAAAUCUAAAGUAUAGAGGCCUCAUGUCUACGUAGUAGGUUUAUUUUUGUGCUUAAUAAAGACUUUUUU